GGAGUUCCAUAACAAAGCACGCUGGGUGCCACGCCCAACAUGGCGGCUGUCUUGAACGAAGUUACGACGAAUUUUUCUGUUUCCAAGUCGCCCGCAUACUUGAAGACGGAAUCGGUUUGCGUGACGCGGGCGUUCAACCUCUGUGGUUAGGCAUCGAGCAUUGAUUGAUGUCCACCGCUGUGGAGAUAACUGAAAUGGAGGAUGAUGGCAGGAAAAAGAAGAGUUCUGGCUUUGUGUCGCCAAUCAGGAAGAUGUUCUCCAAGAGCGAGCGCGGCAGCGAUAAGAAACCGUCCAUCGUGAGACACCGGCGUCCUCUUCACGCGGUUGCCCUUGAGCCUCCUGAAUACCUCAUCGACCCAGAACUACUCAUAGAGGACUAUAUUGAAAAAGAAGUCAAGUACUUAGGAGCAAUACCCAACGUACCUCAGGGUCUGGAUCUGACCAAUAGGACAGAAGUCUUGAGAAUAGUGGAUGAUGGGAAGAGAAGGGGUUUGUUACCCUGGACAUUACAUCUAGAACACGAUGCCAUCAUGAGUCUGUCUGCCAACCAUGUAAAGCUGCUGCGUAGAGACGGGGAGGACUUGUUACACCGAGUCCCGGUACACGACAUCGCGGCAGUCUGCUACGUACGCGAUGACGGGCUCAAUCUACUGGCCCUGAAAAUAGGUUCUGAAGGUGCUGAUAGUGAAGUCUGUAACAUAGUUGUUUUACAUGCUGAAAGUAGGGCAGCAUCUGAGGAGCUCUGCUCUCUGAUUGGUCAGACUUUCCAGCUGGUCUACACAGAGUCCACCAUGGCAUUUCUGGACCGGUCCAUUUUACAGGGGGCGUCCACCCCCAGAUAUGGCAUGUCCCUCAGAAGUACCACUUCCAGUCCUGCCAGACCCAGUGUAGCAGAGGUUUUCGCAUCCACGCCACCAAGACCGUCCAAUAAUAAUCACUCUCCGACGAGGGAAGCCCGGUCAACACCCCAGCACACACGGAAGGAAAGUGUGGCAAAAAGUGAGAGUGACAUCAGUAUCACCCCGUCUGCUCAGGAGCUCCUACAAGACUACAUGUCUCUUUUGAAGACAAGGUUGAAAACAGAAGAGUUGAAGCAGUUUGCGCUCCUGUUGAGACAGUACCGCACCAGUAUUAGUGUUCGGGAGUUCUGUAUCCGCCUGAAGGACUUGUACAGGGAGGAGAGGAAGUUCCUGAUGGCAGGUAUGAGGCCAUUUAUUCCAGAAAAAGAUAGUCAGUACUUUGAGAGUUUCCUGGAAUCUAUAGGAGUCGAUGGCAAUGGAAUUCUCACAGACAGUUAUCGCCGCUACAGGCGGACUAUAAGCGAUGCCUCGGCAUCAACUUUUAGUGCCAACGGUGCCAAUGGCAAUGGCAACGGGAAUGGGAACGGUAGAGACUCGGUGUCAAUUCCAUCCUCGGGGGGCGACGCCACGCCGGUUCCGCAGGAGACGGAGGAACUGGACAGAAUGUUGUCGGACAUCCAUAAUGACAUUGAGGCCUUGGCAACAAGUGUGGAAAACAUCAACAUGCAGUUUUAGACUCAUUGCAUCCACUGACUGGAGAGCAGCACGUACUAUUUCAGCCUGCUUUCACAGUGUGGUGUGACCUGUGCUACUGGUCUCAGGCUGACGUUUCAUAUACAGGUACUAGAUGGCAUGCCCUGGUAUCAUGCAGGUGUUUCACAUUGGAGCAUAAGUACUGCGUCUGGAGCACCAUCAUAAGCAAGGAUAAAGCAAUGUGUUCAUGCCACUCGUCCCGCAACAUCAUCUGUUGUAUGCCUGCCUUUACAUGGUUCUGUGGAAACAUCAUCACAUCUAACAAUGGACUACUGGGAAAUCCCUGUAAUGUCCAGCUCACUAAAACUCACCAGGCCAGGCUCAUCAGCACACUACCCAAAACUCAAC